ACUACUUUAUAUUUGACAUAAUUGCAUUAAUGGCUAAUACAGAGCUUGAACGUAAGGUAUUAGCUUUGCAACAGGCGUUUGCGGAUGCUUCUGCGAACCCUGAUGCUAUGAGCACCUGUGCCGAACUCUUGGAGCCAUUGAAAGAGGACUUAAUUCGGCACCAACUUAAUGGAAACGUUUUUGAUGAUCAUUUUCUGCAGCUAGCUCGUGAGGUGUAUGAGAUCGGCGCAUUAAUUUCACUAACGCUUGGUGAUAUUGAUUCCUUUGAUUGUUUUUAUUCUUACCUUCAUCCAUUUUACUUUGAUUAUACUCAUCUAUCUACUCCUAGUACUCGUCUGGACAUCAUUUUGGGUCUCCGUUUAUUAUACCUUUUAACUGAGAAUCGCAUCGGUGACUUUUACAUGCUUUUGGAGUUAAUACCCGUUGAAGUGAGGUCGAGUGCAAAUAUAACGUAUGUCGUUGAGUUAGAGCACAACAUGAUGGAGGGUAAUUUAACUCGUUUGAUUGACAUGCGUCAAACUGCAUCAUGCCCUUACUAUCAGAGUUUAAGUUUCAAGCUGGCCGACACUGCUCGCAACAAGAUUGCUGCAUCCAUGGAGGCGGCUUAUUUAUCGUUGAACGUCGACGCAGCGAUUCACAUGUUAAAGUUGGGUGACAUCAGUGAGCUAUCCAUGUUCAUCAAGUACUACAAUCAAAGUAAGGUGACUGAAGACCCAUGUGGUAUUCAGUGGAAGAUCGAAGGUACGCGUGUGAUAUUUGUUAGAGAGGGCAAUGACCUUGGGGGUAUUCCAUCCAAGGAUAUGCUUCGACACUCCCUUAGUUACAUUGAGGAGCUUGAGAAAAUAGUUUGACUGUUGUUCACGCUCUAGCGAUGCACUACUACCACGGCCU